UUCAUUCCAUCCCCAAUCCAUCUCCACUCCCACACCCGCCGCCAGCACAAUGGUUGCCAUCGCUCGAUCCUUCGGCGCCGCCCGCCUGGCCGCCCGCUCUGUCCAGACGGCGAAGCCGGCCACCCGCUUCGUCUCGACUCAAGCCCCCGUCCGCGUCCAGGCCCCCAAGAACAGCCUCGUCAUGAACAGCGCCGUCCGCACCGCCUUCAAGAACAACGCCGGCCGCACCAUCAUGCAGAGCCGUGGCAUCGUUGCUGAGUCGACUGCUGCCGCCAUGGUCGCCGCCGCCAAGAUCCAGGGUGCCGGUAUUGCUACCGUCGGUCUCGCUGGUGCCGGUGUUGGUAUUGGUACCGUCUUCGGUGCCCUCAUCCAGGGUGUCGCCCGCAACCCGUCUCUCAGGGGUCAGCUCUUCCAGUAUGCCGUCUUGGGUUUCGCCUUCGCUGAAGCCACUGGUCUCUUCGCGCUCAUGAUGUCCUUCCUGCUCCUCUACGUUGCGUAGAGUGGUCCAUUGCAUUGGGCACUCUGCUAUCGGGUCUCCGGGU